GUUUCAUCAACUGUCAGCUCUAUGAGUAUCACUACAUUAAUGAUGUAAAGACCUGGACUGAAGCUCAGCAGUACUGCAGAGAGAAACACACUGACCUGGCCACAGUGUCUAACAUGACAGACAUGAAGAGACUCCUCAGUACCAGAGCGGGAGAUAAGAGUGAGGCUUGGAUUGGUCUGUAUGAUCAGACAGAUGGUAUCAGAACAUGGUACUGGUCUCUGCCUGGAGUGGAGUUCAAUGAAAGGGAAACAAACUGGAGACCUGGAGAACCAAGUGGUUAUAAAACUGAGAACUGUGGGCUUCUGUUAUCGAAUCUUAUAUGGCUAGAUGUCUAUUGCAGAUUUAAAUUACCUUUCCUCUGUUAUGAUGAAACUAAUAGAACCCAGAAAUACCGCUUGAUUAGAGAGGGGAAGACCUGGCAGGAAGCUCAGAGUUACUGCAGAGAGAAACACACAGACCUGAUCAGUGGAAUGAAGCAGCUACAGGAUGGAGAACUGGAGGAAGUGAUGAAGUCUGCAGACAAUUAUUCAUUCUUUGGUCUGUUCAGAGACACCUGGAGGUGGUCAGAUGGAAGCAGUUUCUCUUUCAGACACUGGGAGACAUUGCCAAACAAUGAGAGAACCAACAGUGUUCGAUGUGCCGUGGCUGGGAUUGAUAAAGAAGGCAGAUGGAAGACUGACAGCUGUAAUCAGAGAAAACCCUUCAUCUGUUAUGAUGGAAACCUGUGCCUCCCCUGUGAAAGCUCAGGAAGAGCAAACCUGCCGAGCUGA